ACCAUUUUUCGUUUAAGUCGAUUACUAAAGUAGAAAAGCAAUAACAUGAAUGGAUAAAGAUGAAGACCAAUUUGUAUUACUAUUUCGUCUUCACUCAAUUAUUUGUUAUAAUUUACUCAUAUAAAACAAACGAAUUUAAUAAAGGAAAAGUUAAACACAAGCCUCUUGUGACAGAAUUCUCACAGCAUGAAGUAGUGUAUCCCAGGUUGUUCAAAGAUGAGACAGAAAUUCCAAUGAUUAAAAAUGAGUACGGGCACCCAAAAGAACUGGAUAUCCAUUUAGUAACAUCCGAUGGUCCUCUGAUUCUACACCUGAUCAGAAAUAGUAAACUGUUCACAAAAGCCUAUGUGGAGAAGACCUAUACAGACCAAGACAACUACAGGUUAAAGAAGCCGCUACAUAGAAAAUUGGCAGCGCACUGUUUCUACCAUGGCACAGUUGUUGGUGAUCCCAGCUCUAUGGUGGCUGUCAGCACCUGUGAAGGAGUCAGUGGUCAUAUACAGACCUCCCAACACGUUUAUCACAUAGAACCAGCAAGGGAUGUGGACAAGGUUGCCCAUCAGUUGUACAGACAGGGUAGAGGCACGUCAACACCCUUCAAAUGUGAUUCUAGCACAGAAGGGCAUUCCAUGCAACAUGAGCCUGUGCAGACAGAUUGGGAAAAUUCAGUACUUAGAAGGUCUCGACGCAGUGUGCAUGAACCAUAUGAUGCAGACGGCGGGUCAAGAUAUGUAGAGAUGUACAUUGUUAAUGACUUCAGAACAUUCCAAAGCAAUGGGAAAAAUGAGGCUUAUCAGAUCAGGAAGACACAGAAUAUUGUCAACAUUGUCAGCAGGUUAUAUCGUUCACUAAAUAUCUACGUAGCCCUGGUCGGCAUAGAGAACUGGACCGCAGGGGACCGAUUUACAAUCACAGAACAGGCAGACGAGACUCUAGAAAACUUCCUACACUACCGUCGAGAAAGGAUCAACCCAGUCCAUCCACAUGAUAAUGCUCAAUUGAUCACGGAGACUUCAUUUACCAAUGGUGUUGUUGGGAAGGCCAUUAAAGGAACCAUUUGUACCUUCCAGUACUCCGGUGGGGUCAACUUGAAUCUAGCCACAGAAGGUCAGACAGCAACAACAAUUGCCCAUGAGCUGGGUCACAACUUCGGCAUGGACCAUGAUAACUACACAAUAUGUCAGUGUCCGGACGAGAAAUGUAUUAUGGCUGCGACCAGUGGAGGUUCAAGAGACCAAAGGAUCAACACACCCACCAAGUGGUCAUCAUGCUCGGUGCUUGCAAAACAGGAGGCGUUCGAGAUGGGAAUGGACUACUGUCUCCACAAUAUUCCUGAGACGCUAUACGAGGGGCCAGUUUGUGGAAAUGGCUUCCUGGAGACCGGGGAAGAAUGUGAUUGCGGUGCAAGGAGUGAUUGCAGUAACAAAUGCUGUAAUGGGACGACGUGUAAAUUGACAUCUGGGUCACAGUGUGCCUCUGGCAAGUGUUGCGACCUUGAAACUUGUAAGCCCAAGGAACCUGCCACAUUAUGUCGAGAUGCACAUGGAGAGUGUGACCUACCGGAGUUCUGUGGGGGGAGCAGUCCACACUGUCCUGCUGACGUCUUUCUGCAGGAUGGGACAGAUUGUGGAGGAGGGCAGUCUUACUGUUACAAAGGGAACUGCCGUACGCACACUGGUCAGUGUAAGCUGUUAUGGGGGUCGACAGGGCGAGUGUCAGAUCCUGUCUGCUUCAAGCACCUCAACACAAAUGGCAGCAAGCAUGGAAACUGUGGAUAUAACUGGACAACUUCUAGAUAUACACCUUGUCUUAGAGAUAAUGUGAUGUGUGGACUGCUACACUGUGUUCACCAGAAUGAGAAGUUGAUGUUCUGGAAGGACAGUCUAACACAUGCCACCCCUGCGACUUUCCUCACGAUCGGCACGACAACACAUGUGUGUCGGGCAGCCAUGUUAGAUGUGGGGCUGGACAUGCCUGAUCCUGGCAUGGUGCCAGAUGGGGCCAAAUGUGAUGAGAGGAAGAUGUGCGUAGACCAUAAGUGCCAGGCAAUCAGCCAGCUCAAUAUUUCUGCCUGUCCGGAGGGCUGCAAUGACCGGGGCGUGUGUAACAGUAAGGGUCACUGUCACUGUGAGGAGGGUUGGGCCCCGCCCCUAUGUGAUGAAGCAGGGAAUGGUGGGAGUGUGGACAGUGGACCCAUAAAAAUAUCAGGCUCAAAUGGCUUGCUCAUCGCCAUGUUGGUCCUGUUCCUGGUCAUUGUUCCUCUCAUAUUGUUCUUUAUUGGCUACUACUUCCGAGAUCGACUCAUUGGAUGGUGGAGGAAAUUCAACAGCAAACACGCUAAAGACCAUAGCCGCCCAUUGCGCCCCGCCCACCCGCCACCAAAGAGAGACCCACCUUCCUUACACCGACCUCCUGCGCCCAGUGCCCCUAGAGCAGAACCCCCACCCCCUUCGUACAAGGACGCUGUUAAGUUCAAUGCCAGACCAAAGCCCAAAGGCACAGCAGGCGUGCAGAUUUCUAACCCCGUGUUGACAGGAAGUACCCAUGAGGAAUCCAAGUCACAUGUACAGCCUAGUCCAGUAGCCGAUCAUAGGCCUAUACCAAGACCGCCCCCACCUAAACUGCCUACAAAGGCAGGGAAACAGGAUAAGGCGAAGAGUUCUAAUGACCAAAGUGUCUCAAAAAAUACGGAAAUUGAUAGUAAGCCUAAGUUUGGGCAAAUGUUUAAAAUUCCUAGUUUUUCAAAGUCUGAAAAACAAGAAAGUCCAAAGCCAGUGCAGAAAAUAGUUUCAAAUCAAGAAGAACCUAGUACUGUGAAGAAACGAGAAUUAACGAGAAAUAUUUCGAACCCGGUUCUAAUUAGUACAACAGACAGAAGAUCUAAGCAUUUAGUGAAACUAGACAGUUUAAACGUUAACCAGCCACCCCCUGCUGAAGAUUCAAGUAGUUCGUUAGCUCCUGCUCUGCCACCGCAUGUAAGCUUACAGCGUAGCGAGUCCGACAUAGCUCGAAGAAAUCGACCCCUCCCCCCUCGGCCGAUGUCAAUGCCAGAUAGUGAAUGCGGAGAUGAGCCAGAAAUAUCUUUUGCAACACAGGAAAGAAAAUCAGUGAAUAUGUCAUCAAAUUCUCCUAGAAUGCCUCAACGUCCCCCACCCCCUCCUGUUAAACCGAAUUCAAACAUUGACAGCACUCGUAGGACUAUUGAAGAGACUCUAGCUCAGCUAGAUGAUAUAAACAUGAGUAUACCAGAUAGCCCAGAUCCAAAUGCCGCAAGAAAAGCUGCUCAUCCGAAAGCUAAAGAUAUAAAACCGAAAACAUCUGCUAGACCAGAUGCUAAAAAGUCUUUAUCAGACUCUCCGAAACCGAAACCACCAGUGAAAUCAACAGUAGGUAAAGCUAAAUCAGAUCCUAAAAAGGAUGCUAAAGCUGCAAAACCAUUGUUAAGUGACAAUACUAAACCUGCAAGUAAGUGGGAUAAAGAUAUUAAUGUUAAAAGACCUAUAUUUAACCCAAAAGGUAGGCCGGGACUUCACGACUCGACAAAGCCGAGUCAAGUGAAAAAAAGUGCCAUGGCAAAUAGUCAAACAAAAGCGUCUGAAAUACCACACAGAAAACCCUCAACAGACUCGCUAGACGAUGAUCCUGCUGGAGGGACAGCUAGUGUAGCUGGCAUUUCUAAAAUGUUUGAAGGACAGAAGAAACCCCUUUUGGCAGACAAAGGAGCUAAAAAGUCGCUCUCGACUGGUGCAAAUAAAAUCCCUAUGACACCUCCGAAACCAAAACACGGGGUUAAACAAGUGAGGAGUGUGGAUGUGUAAUUUGAAUUUUCAGAACAUACAUUUGAUUUCUUAAGUCUAUACUGUAGAUUUGUUGAAUUUUUCCAUGGUUUUUAUUUUGACUGAUAUUGAUAAUUUCAAUGUCGUGUGUUAAAAAAAAGCUAAGUGAUGGGCUGAUUGUUCAGAAUUUGGUUAAAAUUUCUGACGUGAACAGCAUCUGGUGAAAUAUUUUAUGUGCAGUGUUGAUAAUAUUUAGAAAAAAAACCAUCUCGUUAUACAACAGGGAUUUCAUAUAAACAUAAAUUCUGGAACACUUAACCCCCUGAAAAUAAUAGGAACCCAAAAAAUGAAAUAAAAAAGAAUCUUUGCUAAUUUAAAUCUGUCCACCUGGGAUGAUAAAAUUGUCAAAUAUAGUAGAUUGUGAAGAUUUUUGUUAAGCCGAAUAUUUGCAUUAACAGUAGCAGGAAGCACCUUGAAACAGAUAUAAAUAACAGGGUUCUACGUCCUUAUACAUGCUUUGGACCACGGCCCUUAUUAACAAAGGUCUGAGCUUGAGAAUAAGACUCAGAAAAGCAGUCUUGAUUUUGUUGUAUAAAUGAUAUAUUACUUGAGCAAAUAUAGUGAAAUUUGCUGUAAAUGUCACAAAUCAUUUGUUUUACAAUCUGGCAUUAUAUGAUACAUCUUUAGUCAAAAUUAGUUACAUUACAGAUAUUUUGAAACAUUUACGAUUCAUUUUUCAGAGCCUGAAACUCGGACUCAAGACAUUUGUGAAUAUACAGACCCUGAAUUUCUCACAUAGAUUCAGGGUUAUUUAGGAUUAGGAUCAUUCUGUAAGCAUCCCUUAUCUACAGUAUUCAAUGAUUUACGCUGUAUUCUAUACAUUCACACUUUAUGAUACUGGGCUCAACAUGUCACAAACAUAGAAAAAUGAUAGGUCUCACUAGAAUAGACUUAUGUUCGAUAAACAUACUCAUUGAUUUUGCAUUUAUUCACUUGUUCAAUAUACACAUGUAAAUUAAUUAUGGAUGCUUUUGUUAUCACAUUUUAUUCACCUUAAAGUGAUUGAAUAUGAUUUACCAUGUGUAAUUAUUGAUUUGAUAGGAAAACAUUCAUUUGAUAUUUAAAAAAUGCUUCGGUGUAAAUAUCUUCGUAAAAGGUAUGUUUUCCAGGUAUAUUUUAUGGGAUGACAUUAAUUUAUUUGUGUGAUCUUACUUCUUUUAUAAACCACAGGCCCCAAUUUCUCAAAACUUCUCAAGUCCUUAAUUACAGAAUUAAGCUAAUCUCAUUAUUUUCUUUGUCUUUAAUUUGCAUAAUAUCAACUUCAGUAUAAAGAGUUAUUAGACUAAAAUAGGAAUUACUGAUAUGGUUAAUACAAUAAACCAUAUUUUAUUUAUCAAAAUCACAUUUAAGUGUGUAUUUUGUCUAUAAAUUGAAAUAAGCUACUUAAGCCUAUUAAGCUUAAGAAGUUUCGAGAAAUUGAGGCCAGGCGUUCUAACGUUUCAGGUUAAUCCUGAAAUCAGGCCCCAAUUUCUCGAAACUUUUUAAGCUUAAUAGGCUUAAGUAGCUUAUUUCAAUAAGUCAAAAUACAUACUUAAAUUGAAUUGUGACAAAUAAAAAAUGGUUUAUUGUGAUUAUCAUAAAGAUAGUUCCUAUCUAGAGUAUAAAAACUCUUGAAGAAAUAAUUAUUAAGCAAAUUAUUGAAAAACAAAAAUAGUGAGCUUAGCUUAAUCCUGUCAUAAGAGAAUUAAAUUUUUUCGAGAAAUCAGGGCCAGGAUUGAGAGGUCUUUAAUUCAGGCUUAUGUACAGAUGUUAAAGUGUUUUUUUCUUGGACAAAUGCAUCCAAAACACUUGGAAGUACCAUUUCAAUGUAAAGUCUGUUUUACAUUCACUGUGAUAUUAUUUACCUUGUUAGAUCUUGCCUCAUCGCUUUGUGUUAUAGUGUUCUUGUGCUUGUAAAUUAUUGUGUAAAUAUACCAGAUUAGGCGUAAAAAAGAAUAUGUUUCCGGUUUCCCGACCUACCCUAUUUUUUUGCCCAGCCAGGUUUAUAUUGCCAUAAGAUUUUGUUUUUCAUUUGUUUGAUUUUUUAUCUAUUCAUUCUGAGUGUAUUGUUGUUUUAAAGCAUUAAACCUAUCGUUUUUGGUAAAUGAAAAAUAUUCUAAAAAUUGGCUGAUAAAAAAAUAUUUAAAAAAGAACAAGUUUACAACCUACCUACCCUGUUAUUUGGGGCAUGUAACCGGAAACAAUCAUUUUUUUUAGGCCUUAUCAAAUAACCUGUUCAUACAUUAUGUUAAUCACUUAAAUACCCCAUCUUGUUAAUGAAAAAUCGUACGAUCACUUUUCGCAUCAAUAUUGUGAAGUGAUAAUAUUAUCUAUUUUAAAAAAAAGUGUUUAAUUCAUCAGUUCAGACUGAAUUUAUUUCAUUUUGCAAUUAAAAUGUUGAAUUUAACUUUAAACACAGACAGGACAUUUAACAGAAAAACAUGUUAAGAUUUUGUUAUAUCCUCAUUGUUAAGAUGGCUCCUAUGUCUAUUAUAUACUCAUAACUGCCAUAAUGAUAUAUUCUCAUAAUGCCAUGAUACCGAUAGUUUAUAACCUUUUUGUCCAAUUAUUAUGAGAUUUAUGUGAAGUUCUAAUAUAAAAAGUGCACAAUACUCUAGAGAAGAGGUAGUAGGUAUAAUACAAAAUGUCAGAUUUAUUUAAUGUUUUAAGGAAAAGCACCAUGUACUUCUCUGUCAGGCCAAAUUAAUGUGGCUUUAACGAAAUAAAAUGUUUUAGUUUCAGGUUUCCUCACCUACACCAUUUUUUUGCCCAGACACUAAACUUUUUAAAAAUAAAGUGUUUUUGAUGUUUAACAAUACCAAUGUUGCAAAUACUGAUAGUAUAGGUUUUCUUAAGCAUACAAUUCAUAGUUUUUGGUAACAGAAAAAUCUCGAGAAACAAUUUGCUUAACUAAGAAAUAACAACAAUUUUGUGACCUACCUACGCUAUGAUUUGGGGGAAAUGAAACAAACAUUUGCUGCUUUUUUAUGCCUUAAUAAUUUGUUUGGCGUUCCCUACUUACUCACAAAAAUCAAAUACCAGAGACAGAUUGGUUUUUAGCCGUUUCUGUGGUCCUCAUUUCUUUGUGGGUUGGUAAAUGCUGAACAAUCUAUUUAUUCAUCAUAGCCUCAGUCUGCUUACAAAAACGUGAAUGAUUAAUUAAACAAAUGGAAAAAAAUUGUAUGAUGAACAUUAGAAUUUUUUUUAUUUGAAUUAUGGUCUUGUUUGUUAUAGAUUAUUGUCCGUUUAGUUUUAUGGUAUUUUAUAUGGUGCUAUGUAUUAUAUGCAUUUAAUACAUGUGGAAGAAGUGAAACUUCAGUAAGCUAGCCGCAAGGAUUUGGUAAAAUUUUAUGUUGGGUUUAAAUCUGUUGGGUAAAUUUACCAUUGUGUAUAUUUUAUCUAGAAUGUUGAUGAAAGUGCAUAUAAAUUGAAAAAACAACUCCAGUUAUUUUAAGUUCAAAUUAAUUAUUAAUUUUGGCUAAGAAUGUUUUUGAUGUACGUUCAUAUAGCUAUUUAUAUGUAGUUUUAUAUCUACUGUAUCCAGUAGACUUUUUAUUGGUCAUUAUAUUCAUGUGUUCAUUUUAAAUGUUAGUUUGGGGAUUAUGUGCAAUAAUGACGACUUGUAUUUUGAUAAACUACAAAAUUUAAUUUUUGGACUCAUUUCCAGGAAAUAUAUGUAAGUGUAAAAUAUAAGUGCAAAUUAUGUGCUUGAAUUUGUUUAAAAAAAAUACAUUUGUUAUAUUAUCAUGAAUAUUUUUUAAAUAAAUCGCAUAACUCAUUUAAAGGAGAAAAUUAACUACACAAUUUAUAUCAAAACAAAAAUAUUGAGCUUAACUCGAUCCUGACGUGUAGUUUACAAAAUUGGGCAGGAAGAUUUGCAUUAUUUUGUAUUUUAUUUUCCUUCCAUGAUGUUCAAAAUAAUACUCAAGUUGCAGUUUAAUUACAGGCAUUGAAAUGAUUCUACAAGUGUUCAUUACUCUAAACUACAAGCAUUAAUCUGCAAAAUUAAAGUCAGGAACUUUCAAAUAAAUUUUGUUAAAAGUUCAUUAAACUUAAUGGCAGGUAUUUGAAUGAUUCUACAACUGUUCAUUUCUAGAAACAACAGUCAGUAAUCUGCAAAAUUAAAGUCAGGAACUUUCAAAUAAAUUUUGUUCUUAGUUCAUUGAAGAUAUAAUUCAUUCGUUGUCAUUACAGCAUAUGUUUUUGUAUUACUAGAAUUCUUGUUAUAUAAUUCUUUGCCUUUUAUUCAUUUUAUCUGUACAUGUAUUUAUUUUUGUAUGCCUAUUAUGGAACCAUUACCCAAAUAAAUCAAUACUGCAAUGUU